CCCACGCGCUUCCGCUGCGCCGUGGCGCUUCUGGAAGCUGCGCGCACCCUUGAGCAGCGCCGCGUACGGCCGUGGCAUGGCUCUACUGCGCCCAGGGCAGUGCGCACCCUGGGGUGCGAGGCGGGAGGGGACGACGUACAAAGAGCGAGAGGUCGACGUGCUCUUCCUGCUCAUCCGCCAUCCAAACACCUCCUGCCUCACCAGCCUACCCACACACCUCACACCUGCUCAACUCAAGUCCAGCAACAUGGCCUUCUACCUCUACCCCGCCUCCUCGCUGCACGCCGGCGCUCCGAGCUCCUCCUCUCGCUGUCGUUCCGCGUCCGACGUCGACUUCAGCUCCUUCGUCGCUCCUCGCGCUCUCGACUCGUACGUAAUACAGCAGGCGUCGCCCUUCUCGUGCGCGCACGCCGCCGCCGCCUUCGUCGACUUCGAGCAGGCAGCGCGUCGUCGCGAGCGCGAGCAAGAGCGCCAGCGCGUGUUGCAACAGCAAGCUGCAUACGAGGCCCACGCACGUCGGCAGGCGGCCGCCUACGAGCAUGCCAAGCGUGCGGCGAUGCACGAGGCUCAGCAGCGAGCGGUCGCGCAGCACCUCCGUGACGCCUUGCUUGCGGCGCACGCCAGAGCUCAGGCACAGGCAGAAACGCAAGCACGGCAGGAGAUGCAGCGCCGUGACGCCGCCAUCGCAGCACAUCAACGCUCCCUCGAAGUCGCUCGUCGGGCACGCGAAGCAGCGGCGCAGCGCCAACAGGCACAGUAUGUGGCUGCCCGCAAGGCGCACAUGCACCGUCUGCAGCAGCAACAGCAGCAGCAGCAGCAGCAGCAGGAGGUCGAGGCCAGGCGUCGUGCGGCCGCGGCUCAGCAGCAGCAGCGGCGAGAGGCACUCGAGAUCGAGUUCGACCCGCAGCAACUGAUGGAGCAGGCGCUCGGCCUCUUCGGGCAAUUCUUCGGCUUCAAGCACCACGACGAGGAGCAGGCACACGUCGAGAAGCAGCCGCAGCCGCAGGCUUCAACCACGCCCACCACGGCAGCGAGUGCUCCUGCCGUCGAGACUUGCGCCGCACCCGAGGCGGCGGAGGCGGACCCAAUCGAGGUGGACGUCUCGCAGCCGCAGGUGCAGCCGACGGCGGGCAACAGCACAGCGGACGCAAUCGAGAUCGACGUCGCCGAGCCCUCGACGCAGGCUGAGCUCGCCACCUACUCGACGGAGCAACAGCAGCAACAGCAGCAGGCCAGCGCCAACGCCGACGCCGACGUCGCCAUGACGCCUGCCACUUCGUCCGAGCCGCAGCCUCAGGCAGAAGCGGCAACCGCAGAGACGCUGCUCUUCAGCUACCCUCACCCACCGCCCUCCUCGCUGCGCGUCUCCGAGCUCGACAUUCACCUUUCUGCCUCGGGCGGCGAGCUUCUCAUUUCCGGCCUCUGGCCCACGCAUGCUCCCUCGAGCCCCACUCUUUCCGCCACGUCUUCCACCUCGCAUGCAUCGCGCCGCUCGCGCGGUCGUUCGCCGCGCCGCACGGUGGUGCACGACGUGGAUGAGGCGGGCGAGGAAAUCGUGCCUGCCUCGGAGCUGCAAGAGCAGGCAGAAGAAGAAGACUUUGUCGAGGUCCACACGCCCCAGCAUGCGCACGCCGCAGAGGAGAAGAGCAAGGCGCUCAAGCUAAGUCUCGAGCAGGCCCACAUCGAUCGCGAGAGCAUCAGGGCGGACCUGAGCGAGGAGGGCCUCAAGAUUUGGGCUCGCAAACUCUGAGGGCCCGCUCUGCCCCCCUUCUUAGCUCUCCCUCGCUCGCCUCUGGCUCUUCGGGGGCCUUGCAACCCGCACCAUUUCCCCCUGCAUCCCGCGCCCUGAGCCUCCACCCGUACAUCCCCCCACCUCUCUCCAGUCUCGGCAUUCUCACAUGUGCUCCUCACGUUUCUCUACGCGCCUUACAUGCCCGCCUUUGCCCCCGUUCCGCAAUGCCAC